AUGCCCAUCUCACUCUCUCGCCAUGGGUCUAUGCUACCCAUAGCGAAGAUGCGGGCGAAUGAUAGAGAUCGAUCGCGAACCCGUAUUGAUACGUACCCCCUAGCUAAUAGCUCACGAAAAAAGGAGAGGAGAUGGCCUCUCGUUCUGAGGUUUUGGAAAGGCUCCAUUCAUGGCACUAUCAUAUUUCCUGUUUCCGUACACGCUCUCCUGGCCGCAUUUAUCGUCUAUGUCAACCAGCGUACCAAUAAUGACUUUAACCUCCCGAGCAGCAUCAUACCUUCUCUGUCGAUUGUGGUCGGUUUGAUGCUCGUGUUUCGCAAUCAAACAGCGUAUUCGCGGUUUUGGGGUGGCCGCUGUGAACUGAAUAUAGUUACGACAGCAAUCCGAUGCCUUUCCCGAGAGCUCUUGGUCCUGGUACCGGCCCCCCAAGCGUCUGGGCUCCAUACAGUAUUAUCCAGCGACAGCAUGCUUCCUCGGAAUAUCAGAGCGCAAAUGAUCUCGCGCGAGCGAGAUGCGAGUCCAUCUGUUGAACGGGAACCGGAGCUAUCGAAGGCUGAUGAAGCUAGGACGAUUGAGACGGUCAAGAUUUUGAUUGCGAUGCUUUACACUAUCAAGAACCAUUUGAGGGCAGAAUGGGGAGUAGCUCUUAGCCCUGGGACCAGCCUCACGGAAGAUGGACAAGAUGCCACGACGGAGGAAUAUAAAGAUUUGCUACCCACCGGAUUGAAAGGGUACGAGCAUCGGGGACUCGGUUUAACUCUCGAGUUGGCAACUUUUAUUGAGAAGUUCAUUAGCGAAGGCGUAAAGAAGGGAUGGUUCCAUAAUGCCGCCUCCUCAAGAAUGCUCUCACAACUAGAUGAUUUGAUUAAAGCAUAUGGAAAUAUGGAGGUCAUUCGCCUGGUGCCGAUACCCGUCGCUCAUCUGCAAGUCCUCUCCGCUCAAACGUUGGCCUUAUUUUGCGGGAUCCUCCCUUUCGCCCUGGCUUCUGAAUUGGACUGGUGGGCUGUACCACUGGUGGCAUUCGUUGCGUUUACAUUAUACGGAAUAGAAGGCAUUGCCCAAACAUACGAGGAUCCAUUCGGUGUAGCCAAAAUUAAUAUAGACCUGGACGGAUUCGUUGCAGAUGCACGAAAAGAAGUGGAGGUUCUACUCACUGCCUGGCAGACCCAAGGAGCCGGCAACGGAGGCAUGUUCCGCCCUCGCAUUGGAGAGUCGCCAAAGUCGGAUAACAGCAGCAUGCACUACACCGACUUGGUUAACGAAAAUGGGCAGAAUUUGGCACGAAGCCAAGUCAGGGUUGUGGUUAAUGACGACGACAGUGGCAGGUUGCGAACGAGGAUGGCGAGCGUCUGCGUCCGAUCUGGAAAUACACCACCAACAAAGGAUCUACUGGACUGGCAUAUCAUUACUGUCGAUGAUAUGGCUUCCAAUCCGAAGCGCACAGAUCGACGGAAGAGGCAAACGCGCCUUACUUUCGACCCAGUCGAUCCGCCUGCCAACUCCUCCCCCUCCCAACUUACUCCUGCCAAAGUUCGAUAUGAACAUCCAGAUAAAUCACGAACCGCAAUCCGACCUCCAGGUUUAUUUACGACUCGUACCACCCGCUCUGGUGAAAAGCGCCAGCCGAUCCAAGUCGACACAACAAGCUAUCGGGACCCGCCCACAAUCUCUUCCAGUCAAGCAGCGCCAACUCCGCGCCAAACGAUUGUCCAAUUAUCGGACGAAGAUAGUGACGUGGUGACACCUCUGAAGCGCCGCAGACGACCAGUUUCAGAAGAAGAAGAGGUCGAUGACGAGGAUGAUUCUGAUAUCAGUCCACAUCCUGCGAAACGGCUGCGGAAGUUUUUAGAAGAGCGUGACGACGACAGUGAUAGUGAUUUGCCAUCUUCGAGUGGGCUUACAUUCAGGAAUAGGAGGACAGCAACUCCCGGAAGUUCCGAUGCAAAUGACCGCUACACCCGACAGAAUAAGACCAAGAGACACAGAACAGAGAAGGAGAAACAGCUUGAAAAACUGAGGCGCAAGCGUGCAGGCGAGAAGGACCCUGAGCUGACUCCUUCGGAGUCUGAAUCCGGUGAAAGUGAUUCAAACCUCGUGGAGGCACUUUCGGAGUUCGAGGAUGAAGAAAUGGAGGAGGAAACAGUAGAAAAGCCCAGAACCAGCCCCAAACCUCCUCAACCGGACAAGGAUGGUAGUGACGAAGACGAUUUCAUUAUUGAGGACGAUGAAGAGAAUCUUGGUGUACCUCACCACGCUAUUCCCCUCGAAUUCACAUAUGCCAACAAUAAACCCGAAAAGGAACAUUUCAAAGAUGUAGUGGAAUGGCUCGUUCACAAGAAGCUCAACCCAGCCUUUCCUAGCCGGGACCCAGUCUACGUGAGAGCUUUUGAAAAGCUUAACCAAAAGCCCGCCAUUUUACGAAGCAGCAAAUAUGGAUCCUCACAGUGGACGGCGGAUUUCAAUGCCGCCCUAGACGCUCGCCCCGUCUUCGAGGAGAGACGAUUGGGACCUGGUGAGGGCUUAGCACUACGGGGGGAAAUCAGAUGCGAAGCAUGCAAUCGCGGGAGCCACCCAACGAGUUACGCUAUCCAGUUUAAGGGAAAGGCUUAUGAUAACCAUACCUUGGAGGAGCUUCAACAGGAAAACGACAGUGAUGAUGAGUCAGAGUGUAACGAUAAGUCGGGGUCGGAGUCCGACAGGAGCAGAAGUGUAGAUGGUACUGGCCGUCAUCUUCCAAGUGAGGAAACAGAAUGGCUCGCUGGACGAUUCUGCAGAGACAAGGCCAGAAAAGCACAUCUCCUUGCACAUUGGAAGUAUCACCUCUACGAAUGGGUCCUAGGCACGUUGGAGGCUGAAGGGGAACUUGAUGCCGAGCACUUGGUGAAGCGCGAAAGAAUGAGGUCGUGGGAAAAGAAGAACUACGCGAAUAGUGUAGUGGAUCGGUGGGACGAAAAUGGCCAGCUCCGAGGCUUGUAUGAAGAUUAUAAAAACCAGAUCAGUGAGCUGGAAGAGGCCAGAGAACAUGGUGGCUGGGAAAUCAGUCAAUUCGACGGGAAGGAUUAUGCCAUGUCCGAGAAUAGAGCUAUGCCCAGGCCAUUCUUCCUCUUCGGGCUCGUCCCAACUUGCCCCGUCUUCUACACCAUGCAGCCGAAAGCUUCCUCCCAGCAGGUUUCCACCAUCGUAAGCUCCGACACCUUGGCAAUCCCAGGGCAAAUCGUCGAAACGACCGAGAUCCUAGAUAAAUACCAAAAUGUACCAACGAAAUGA